UUCAAACAUCGAUAUGCAUAUUUAGUUCAUUAAUCGAAUCAACAAUCGAUAAUCGAUUAAUCGAUUGUCGAUAAUCGAUUUAUCUCUGAUUCGAUCAAUUUGAAUGUAUUUAUAUUUACAAUUUGGUGAUAAUGUUACACAUCGACAACUGAACGAACCAAUAAACCAAUUACCAAUUAAUUUUAUUAAUAUUAAGUAUAUGCAUUAUGAAUGCGUUUAUUCUUUUUAUAUUUUCUUUUUAUCAUGCGUCAUCUCUUUCAUUCAUGGCCUUACACUUGUCGUAAAAACAUAGUUCGUAGAUUCAUCUUACUCUUUCAUUCAUGGCCUUACACUUGUCGUAAAAACAUAGUUCGUAGAUUCAUCUUACUCUUUCAUUCAUAUGAGUAGUAACAAGUGUUAAUGACUCACAUGAAUGAAAUAUUAAAAUAUUUAAUUAUGCUUUUCUAUUUUUAUGCUUUUCUAAUUUGAAAUAUAAAAUGACAAUGUAAUAUUUUUAAAUUAUGUUUUUAGGCAUGGCUAAUGUUACAUUUAUAAUAUUAUUUAAUUGAUUAUUUAAAGAAAUUAUUAAAUUUAUGAAAAAUAUAUAAGUUUUGAAAUAUGUCGGGAUAUAACAGUCCUCCCUCCUUAAAUUGUUCAUCGUCCUCGAUGGACAUGUACUUUUAGUACAUAAAUUUUUCAUAAAUUUUACAAUUUUGCUUUUUAAUUAUAAAAGAUGUAAUGUUGCUGACGAAGAACAUUUUGAGUUAAGUGUAAUAGAUAAGUGUUUAAAUUAUACAUCAUGUGCAGUACGUGUUCAAAAUUGAGAAUGGCGAAGAAGAAGGUAAGUUGUUUUCAAAACAUGGUUUCUCGGGUAUCCCUCGGUCCAACUGAGUUGUUCAAAAUCGUGAGAAUCUUCAUGCUCAUCAAAUUUUUGACUGAUGAUAUCAGGAUCUGUCGUCCCCACUUAUACUGUUGAAGUCCUUUGUAAUUAGUUCUUCAUUAGCUAUGAGUGAUAACAGUUCAGUUAGUGACGCUUCCACGGUUGAUUUGGUUGAUUUUUAUGUUCAAACAAUGAGACCAGUUCCUCUAUUGUUAAAUCGAGAUGUUUCUCAUGGUAAUAGUGUUUUUUGAUUAGUUUUGUUUUGUUUUAAUUUGUGUGUGUUUUCAUUGUUUCCUUUUUUUUUUUAUUCUUUAUUUAUAAUAUGAGUGAUUCUAUUGAAGAGAUUGACAAUGAUGUGUCAGAUUAUGUGGACUUAUUUGAUCUCAAUGUUCUUGAACCAUUGAGAAAUACUGAUAACAUUCAAGCAACUGUGAUGCCACAAGUGGAAAAUGUGACAGUUAGGGAAAUUGAUCCUGUUCCUUCUACUUCAAGAUCAGAAGGACAUUGGCACGCAUCGAAUAUUCCAAUAGAUGUUCCGAUAAUUCCACAGUUGGAUCAUUUAUUGACUGCUAACGUAUCCAGACAAAGACUUAUAGGACUACGCAUGGUGGAAUUGGAAGAACGUAUGGGCAUUUUUCAAUUUGCUAUAUGGAAAAUGCCUGUCGAGGGAGCAGCAGAAACAGUGCGUCGUUUGAUUAGUGAUAUCACAGGCAUUGAAUAUUCUUUAAAUGAAUUUAUAAUUGUGAGUGCCUUAGACGCGAAUCGACAAGGUGUUUUAGUGCGUGUCUCGACUGCUAGUUUAAAACAAUUAAUUUUUAACUGUAAAAUGUUGCUGAUAUUCCGGGGAUACAAUAUUGACUAUUUAUUUUCUCAAUAGUGCCUUUUCUCGUCGGCCCUUCAAAAUAGAACUAUUGGCUCAAAUAAUUUUUGGCGUUACUGAAUUACACAGGAUAUCCCGGGAAAUAAAAGAGUUAAGAUGUUCCCGAGGAUUUAUUCCAAAUUAUCGGAUGAUAAGAUGUCCUGACUCGCAGCUGAAAGUUGUUUUUCGCAAGGUGUCAGCCUCUUGGUCGGUGGUGAAAGGGGAUUCGAGGAAAUCGAGAAAAUUGAAAACUUUUAAGUCGAAAUUGGAAAAAAGAUUGAUGCGUUUGGUCACAGCCCUUAUUGUAUCAUCACAAAAUAGGACGAAUCUCAUAAGGUAAUUUAUGAAUCUAUAUUUAUUUCUUCUCUCUCAUUUGUGAAUUAUUUGAAAUUUUAUAGAUCGUGUUUUCUCCUUUUAUUUCAGUUUGCGGGGUAAGAACGGACGUUUCUGUCGUUGUGGAAAAUUCGUCUUGAUAGAUCGGAGACAUUCGAUAUGUGCUUGUGGUGGUGACGUCGCAAUCCUAACGAGGGUUGAAUCCGAUGAAGAAGAGAUAGACGUAGUGAAUUAAUUAUUACGAAUUAUUUUAUAUAUAUAAUUUUAUACACAAACCUAUACAUAUUCACAAACAUGCACACAUAUAUAUAUACUUUCUAACAAUAAUUCAUUUUAUAAUAAAUUUAUUUAACGUGACAUCAUCGGUGUUUUACUU